GCGGAGUCUUCGUUCUUCUCCGCACUUGGGAAUUUAGAACGGACCCUUGGCCGCUGGUUCCAGACCGCCUCGGCUGGGGGCGUAUCCGGAAGUGUCCCUACGGAAGCCGGCGGGUCCGCGCGCGGCACCUCACCAUGGGGACCGCGGCGGCUCCGCGGCGCUUCUGCCGCUGCGCCUGCUUCUGCUCCGAGAACUUGUACGUGGCGCGCUACGGCCUGCACGUGCGCUUCCGGAGCGAGCAGCAGCUGCGCCAGGACUACGGCCCCAUCCUGCGCAGCCGAGGCUGUGUCAGCCCCAAGGACUUCCAGCAGCUGUUGGGAGAGCUUGAGAAGGAGGUGGAGCGGCGGCAGCGGCUGGGGCAGGAGUCGGCUGCCAGGAAGGCCCUCAUUGCGAGCUCCUACCACCCAGCACGACCCGAUGUCUACAACUCGCUGCAGGAUGUGGCUCUGGCCCCCGAGUUUCUGGCUGCAGUUGAGUACAGCACAUCGCCAGGUGCAGACCUCCAGGGCCUUCUCCAGCGGCUGGAGACAGUUUCGGAGGAGAAGCGUAUCUACCGGCUGCCGGUGUUCACAGCGCCGUUCUGCCAGGCCCUGCUGGAGGAGCUGGAGCACUUCGAGCAGUCGGACAUGCCCAAGGGAAGACCCAACACCAUGAACAACUACGGGGUGCUGCUACACGAGCUGGGCCUGGAUGAGCGAUUGGUGACGCCACUGAGGGAGCGCUUCCUGCAGCCGCUGAUGGCCCUGCUGUACCCAGAGUACAGGGGCUGGCUGGACACCCACCGCGCCUUCGUGGUCAAAUACGCGCCAGGCCAGGAUCGCGAGCUGGGCUGCCACUACGAUAAUGCCGAGCUCACCCUCAACGUGGCCCUGGGCAAGGCCUUCACGGGGGGCGCCCUCUACUUUGGGGACCUCUUCCAGGCGCCUUCGGCCCUGGCCAACCCCCUGGAGGUGGAGCAUGUGGUGGGCCAGGGCAUCCUGCACCGGGGGGGCCAGCUGCACGGGGCCCGGCCCCUGGGCACUGGUGAGCGUUGGAACCUGGUCGUCUGGCUCCGUGCCUCUGCUGUGCGCAACCGCCUCUGCCCCAUGUGCUGCCGCAAGCCCGACCUGGUGGAUGAUGAAGGCUUCGGCGACGGCUUCACCCGCGAGGAGCCCGCCACGGUGGAUGUGUGUGCACUGAUUUGAGCCUGGCUGGGGCCAGUGUGGGGGGGUGAGGGGCAGAAAUAAACACCCUGCAGCCCUCAGCACAUCUUGGCUCAAAAGGACA